ACCUGGCCACUGAGCAGCUAAACGUUGACUGCUCAGCCCUGCAGCUGCAGUUUCAUCAAGUGUUGGUGGACACUUUUUAAAAUCAUCGUAGAGAAGGAGAAGGCUGGUGUAGAUUUGUGCGUUUACAGCAGCAGCAUGUCUGAAUAUCCGACAUUCCAGCAUGGCAAGUCUCGUUUCGACCAGAGCACAUUUUCUGGUCGGUUCAGGCACUUCCUGGAUGUGAUUGACCCCAGCACACUCUUCGUGACAGAGAAACGGCUGCAGGAGUGCGUGGAGCUGCUCAACCGUUUCAAACAAGGAAGUCUGCCUCCAGGAGUGACAGAUGUUCAGCUUUGGCAAGCUCAAAAAAUAAAGCAGGCCAUCAUCCACCCUGACACGGGGGAGAAGAUCCUCAUGCCCUUUCGGAUGUCAGGUUUUAUCCCAUUUGGAACACCAGUGGUUGUUGGCCUCCUUCUCCCAAAUCAAACGUUGGUGUCAACUAUCUUCUGGCAGUGGUUAAACCAGAGUCACAAUGCCUGUGUUAACUACUUCAACCGCAACGCCUCCAAGCCGGCUCCAGUUUCCAAAUUCGUCCAGGGAUACCUCGGAGCGGUGACCAGCGCAGUCUCCAUUGCUGUCGGGUUGAACGUGCUAAUCCAGAAAGCCAGCCGCUUCAGCCCAACUACCAGGCUUUUGGUGCAGAGGUUCAUCCCCUUCCCAGCAGUGGCGAGUGCAAACGUCUGCAACGUGGUACUCAUGAGACACUCUGAGCUGUCGGAGGGCAUCAGUGUGCUCGACGACAACGGCGACGUGGUGGGAACAUCAAAAGUGGCUGCCAGGCAUGCACUUUUAGAAACAGCUCUGACCAGAGUGGUCCUACCCAUGCCAAUUCUGGUGCUCCCUCCCAUGAUCAUGGCUGUACUGGAAAAGCUCCCUCUCCUGCAGAGACAGCGGAGGCUCGUCCUGCCUGUCCACAGUCUGGUGUGCCUCGCUGCCUUUGGCCUGGCUCUGCCUCUCGCCAUCAGUCUCUUCCCACAGAUGUCCCAGAUCAGUGUGAAUCAGCUAGAGCCGGAGAUAGCCAUGGCAACAGAUUGUAAGUUUGUGACAUACAAUAAAGGCUUGUGAGUGAUCUCCACUGCCCGACACAUGAAGAUAGGACCCGCUGCUCAUCAUGGUUCAAACCCCCUGAAGCUUCCAGAGAAUGAAUUAUGGUAAAUUUGACUGUGUUAUCCAGUGAGCAGCUAGCAUACGUUUACAGAGAAAGGCAGUUGAUAUUCAGAAUACAUGUUUACGCCAAGACAAUGGUUGUUAAAUAAGCAAUAACACAUGAUGACAUAUUGUGAUACAGGGAAAUAUACAUCAUGACACCUCAGAAAGUAUUAUCACUGUUACAACAUGGACACUUACCAAGGAAAUAAUACCAAUUAACUGAGGCACUCAAAAAGAUUUAUGGAAGACUUUUCCUGCUCCAUGUAGCUAGUGUGCUACCUUUUCAGCAGCGAGAGGGUAACAGCCUGGUUAGGCUGGCUAGCUAAGUUAGCUAACUUAUAAGCUUGCCUGGUUUCUUGUGUUUUUUCUUACUCUCUCCCUUUUUCAAAGUAAGACAUGUCUAAAUGAUUGUAGUUGUGGUCUGGACUGUAUAUGUAAAUACUGUGAAAGAAACCGGGAUAAACAACUGAACGUCUAUAAGUUGUGAGCUGUUCAAUCAAAGUGUGAUUUUCUCCUCUCAGAUUGUUUCAUAAGAACACUUUUUAGAGGCCUGAAAGGGUAAAACUGCAGUAUGCACCUGGGCAAUCAUCUUGCAACCCACUAGAUUCAUCUCGUGACCCCCUGUAGGGCGUCCUGACCCCCAGGUUGGGAACCACUGAUUUAAUGGAUGUAGAAAUUCUUGCCAAAUGGAAAGAGUUGUUUUUGUAAAAUAGUUUUAGCGAGAUAUGAGGUGACCGCAGAUAAUUUAGCAAACCGUCACUUUAUUUUUUUAAACUAAAUCUUAAACUUAGACUUCUAGUAGCUCUGCCUCCAAUUGAAAUGGGUUUUUUUUUUAUUUUGCUCCAAAAUCUGAAAAAUUCUAUUUAAACUCAACUGUGAACUGUAUUAAGUUCAAAACAGAUCAGUAUCUCCUUUGAAAUCAUCCAAUGACACUGUUUUUUGUUUUGUUUUGUUUUUUACCACAACAGCAGGUAUUGAAAACAUCAUUAUUAAGUUACUUUAAAUCCCAAUAUUUGCUUUGACUCCCUCUAACUGGGAUCUGGAGGUUGAGUCACUCAUGUAGUAAAACAACUGCAGUCGGUUUUAGUUUGAUGCCAUCUUUUAGAUUUGCUUCCACCUAGGUGCAUUUAUUCUUUAUAAAUUACAUUUUUUUGUAAUCAAACUAAUUGGAAAGUGAAUACUGUGUGUGUGUAUAAUGAUAAUAAUAAUAAUAAUAAUAAUAAUAAUUAAUAAUAAUAAUAAAAACAGUAAGAAUAUUUUUUAGUCUUAACCUAAAAUAUCGAGAUUUUGAUUUUAUAAAUGGAUUCUGAAAGCACUAUUGUUAAAAUGCUGCUCUGUCUUUAUGUGUGUAUUUGCACUUGAUUUAUAUAAACUUUCUGUUUUCAAGUAA